AUGCAACAGGAGAACGAGACGAAACACAACGGCCUUCCACCAAGACAGAUCAUCAUGAAGUCAACUAUCCCCCUCAUCGUAAUCGCCUGCAUCGCGCGAACUAUCUUAGCCGGCGCAAACGCCAACGAUAACUGCCAUGAUUACUGCUAUGCUGACGUCGGAGCUUGUUACUAUGAGCUUUCUCAAGGCGACGAUAACUUUGGAAACAUCCCCAGAGGGGCUCGUGCUGAUUUUGUCGCUGGACAGACCAUUGAGGAGCCCAUACGUAUUGUAUUCAAAAUGAUUCGCCCCGGUAUCCUGGAACAUUGCAAGACCGAGUUGGCAGGUUGUUUGAAGAUCUGUAAUUUGGAAUCCGGAAAUAUGUAA